CAGUGACCCAGCGUAAGUUGGGAUCCUGACGAACUGUCUAAUCGUUGUUUACCGGCUGACGGUGAAUGAUAACUGUAACUGAAGUUGAGCUAUGCGCUUACGUAAACACUGAGCUACACGAUCUGAAAAUUGUUUUUCGGCUGAUCCUCUGUCUUCUGUAAGAUAUGGCUGGUAGAAGUCUGUUUAGUGUUCUGAGACAAUCCUGCUAUGUUACCAGCUUUCACACUCGUUUGAUCAGCAGUGGGACAUUUAGAUUGAGGGGAGUCCUUCCAAGUGCAGAAAAUUACCAGCAGGGAAAUCCAGUUGUAAAAACUGCUUUCCCAUCAGGUCACCAGACAAUAAAAGUAUUGUUUGACAACCACAAAACAGCUGACUUCAAAACUAUAUGGUUAAGAGACAACUGCAAGUGUCCUCUCUGUGUUCACGAGGAGACUCGUCAGAAACUUUUAGACACUCCCUCGUUGGAUGUGGGUAUUAAGCCCAAGUCUUUGACAGUCACAGACUCUGGAAACCUGGUCAUAUCCUGGCAGGAAAAAGGGCAAGACCACAUUUCAACAUAUGAUUAUAGUUGGUUAUACCGUUAUGGGCAGAGUUUCAUACAUGAAACCUUUGAAUCUGAAUCUGAUGGUCAUCACAUUUCACGCCCUCCAUUAGUCUUGUGGGACAGAACAGAAAUAUGGAAAAAUUUGCCUGAAAUUUCAUACAAUGAAGUAGUCAGCAGUGAAGAAGGACUGCGUUCGUGGCUUGAAAUGUUUUACAAAUAUGGAAUAGCUUUAAUGAGAAAUGUACCACCAGUGCAGGGCCAGCUAGUUGAACUUGUGAAACGAUUUGCAUAUGUGAAAGAGACACAGUAUGGCCUGACCUUUGAUGUAGUCAAUGAGCCUGACCCUCAUGCUCAUCCUGCAUUCAGUGGCUUGUACCUGCACCAUCACACUGACAUGAACUAUAGAGAGAAGAGCCCUGGAAUGCAAUUAUUGCACUGUCUGAAAGCAACAGAUCCAAAAGAACUAGGCUGUGAUCCUGGUGGUAUGUCAUUUUUUGUUGAUGGGUUCCGUGUUGCUAAAUGGCUGGAAGACAAUGAGCCCGCAGCGUUUCAUAUUUUAACAUCAACACCAAUCAGAUUUCAAAUAAAAAACAAAGGGAAACGUUACUCGCAGUUGUGGCCAAUAAUUUGCUUGAAUCAAGAUGGCGAUAUUACAGAGAUACAUUACAAUAAUCGAACCAUGGGACCUCUCCAAACACCAUCUCACAUAGUUGUUCCCUUUUACCAUGCCUAUAAGCUGUUCUCCGAUCGAAUGCGUCAAGAAUCAUCAGAACUGCGAUUUCAUUUACUGCCCGGAGAUGUUGUUGCCUUUAACAAUCGUAGAGUUUUGCAUGGGCGAACGAGUUUUGAUCCGACAAAAGUUUCAAGGCACUUGGUAGGAUGUUAUGUCGAUAUUGAUGAAGUAACAUCCCUGUAUGAUGCCUUACUUAGUAAGGGGCAACAGGUGCAGUAAUACCAGAACUAUCAAUAGGUAAUAAAACAUUUACACAGUGUGCAUGGCACCUGUAACAUUUUAAUGUAUUUCCUGAAUGUAUCUUUGAAGAUGUAUAUCAUGUCCUGCAACUGAUUUUCUGCACACCUUGAAAAUUGUGAUAAAAUGGCACACUCCAAAAAGGAUUGGUUUAAAUUUGAAAUUAUGCAUGUUUCUUGUAAUUGCUUAAAUGUUUAUCAACAUAAUAUGUCAACGUAAUAGCACAUAUCUUUUGACGUUAAUCAUAUACUUGUAUUUCAUGUUUAGCAAAUGUCAAACUUCCACAUUGAAUAAUAUUCAUAUAUAACAGCCCUAGAGUACAUAAACUGACAGAAAUUUAUAUUGUCAUGACACUGUUUAUUGUAAUUCAAAGCUUAAAGUAUUGCUUGGAUGAGAAAGCUCUAGACAGGGCACUUUGGUUUAUAGAAAUGUUGCACUAUAGAAUUAAAUACAGAAACUGCUAACAAAAACAAAACAGAUUAGGCCAUUUCACAGGUACUGCACAAUGACCAACUAUCAUGAACGUAUUUGAAUAUAAAUCUCAGGCUUUCUGAAUGACAGGAUUCUUAGUCCUAAUUCUUAAGUUGCAAAGGGAAAACAUCUAGAGUUCACAUUUUAUUUGUUUCUGUGCUGGACUUGCUAUUCUUUCAUCUGUUAUAGGCAGGAAAAAAUGUACUUUCUUGUUGAGUAGUACAAGCAGUUAAGUUUCCUGUUGGAAGUAACAAGUCAGGUUUCAUCAUUAAUUACAGUUAAGCUAUUUGUGAUAUGAAGUGCACACUGUCGAGAUUUUUAGGUAAGAUUCUAAACACAUCAGUGCAAUAUCGAAACACAAAACACUGUUGUCUGUGGAUUGAAUAAUGCUUCAGCAGUUAUGGCACACUUGACAGGUGUAUAUUGUAUUCUGCAGGACAAAUGACAAAUAAUGUAAUCGGAGAAAUUACACAGUGCUUUGCCAUGCUUCUGAAAGAGUGAGCAUCAUGUGUCGUGCAUCAGAGUAGACACAAGGUAUGUAACUUUGAGCACACAACAUUCCUGAGAAAUAGUUCCCAAUUUGUUGCCCUGCCCAUCCCCUUUUUCCCUAUGGUUUUAUUGUCUGCUUUUCUUACUUAUAUAUGCGAGGUCGCAAUAUUUCAGCCCUUCAGCUCGACUGUCCCAGACAGUGUAAUAAAACGUGUAUCCAAUAUUGAUGUUUUCUUAUUGUUCCAACAGUAGAUAAGUAACUAGUAAAUUCAGAAGAAAAGUGACUAUGUAGUGUGCCAAACACUCCUUUUAAAAGUAUGUAUAGAUGUCUGUCAAGUAAUUGUUUAUAUUUUCCGCUCAUAUUGUAAACUUCAUAAUUGAGGAGCAUUUUUUUGAAAGCUCGUAAAGCUCAGUUGUUGCUUGUUGCUUGUUGCUUGCAUAAUCUGUUGAAACAAUCUUGUCAAAAGAUGAUAUCCACUGCUGUUGUAGGACAUUGACAACUAGGAAUUUUUACAAAACUCAAUAUUUGCUCUCAGCUGAUUAAAGCAAAAGUCAAUAAACGCACUCUGUGCUUCGCUUCUGAGGGACCUGAAGAGAGAAUAACAAUGUGGGGGAGAGUUUUCCGGGGUGGGGGGGACUAUUGGCAAGCACUUGCUGCCAGAACUAUCAACAGAAAUAAAUUAAUGAUAUACUCCUGAUUAUUGCUCAGUCCAAGCCAGUGUUGCCAGGGAGCAGGAACAUCAAGAAAGAAGCAAAAAGGAAGAAUACUCUUUCGAAAAAAUAUGGCACAAGGAAAAAAUGGCCAGACUGAGUCUGGAUGUGACACAACAUUUCAGGCAAUGUCAGAGAUAUCCAAAAACACUCUAAAAAGCAACAAGAUUUGAAGAAGGAAAAAAGAAUCAAUUGAUAACAAAUGACUGGAUGAACAGACUUUGUGCAAAAAAAGUUCUAUGCAGUAGUGGAGGAGAAAAAUCCAAACGUGGUUAAAGUCUGUUUUGAUAUGCAAUAAUGAAGGGGGGGGAAUCCAAAUGUGGUUAAAGCCUAUUUUGAUAUACAGAAGAAUAAGCCAAUACCAAAGCUAUCCGAUUGUGAAGUUAUUAUUCAAGACGGGUUUUGUUAUUCAGUUUGUGCAUUAUGAUUAAUUACUAAGAACAGACAAAGGAUUGCUUUUUAUACUUGGCUUGAAACAGAAGGACCGAAAGGAUGCUACCAAAUAGCCUCUGCUCUAUUGCAUUUUCUUAGAAAUCCUAAGGUGUCCCAGCUAAAGAAUGGUUGAUAUGAAAUUUGUUUAAUUUCUGGCUACUGCACCAGUCAAAAUAAACAGUACGGUAAUGAUGUGGCCACUAAUGGCCAUCCUGAAAGAAAGCAGAAAAUUUAAUUAGCUGGUACAUCAUUUCAUUAUUCAUAGUCACAGCUUAUAACCCUGACAGUGUGUUUGGUAGAGUGAACAAAGACUACCACAAAAAAGGAAGAUAAUCUUUCACUGACUGAAUACUAUAAGGUGCUGGAACAACAUGGCAUCAUCGAGAUAUUAAAUAAAGAUGGGGAAGCAAAGGAUCUCAAAUUCAGUGCACUAAAAGCCACAUGAUCUAAUAAGCCUUUCAAAAUAACUUCUUAGUUAAUGAUGGCUUAUGAAGAGUCUAAGAAGAAGGUAUUGUCAAUAUCAGACACUUAUAAAAGAUCUCUCGUAGUAGUUGAGGUACGGAAAUCUGGACUGCUGCCACGAAGUGAGGAAAGCAGCCGCCUUGGAAAAGAAGAACAUGUUCAUCAAGCAAAAGAAAAAGUAUGUCUUAAAACUUACAAGGCAUUUUAACAUACCAGGAGGGGCAGAUGAGUUUUAUAAGGACAUUGUUGAAAAGGAUCAAUAGAUUUCCAUUUUAGUAUCAUCAUAGUCUGUAUUUUUUGUUGUAUUUGAAUAGGUUUGCCACUAUUUUGCAUUUCUGCAUGUCAGAACUUUAUGGAACUGUAUGAUGCUAAAGUGUUAUAUUGUAGCACAUUAUUCUGUUUCAAUGGAAAAUGAAUACCUUUCUUUGUAAUUAAUGUUAAAGAUAAAAAAGUAAUAGAAGAAAAUCAAUUUAAAUGAGUACAUUAACAAAACUUUUAAUGUCCAUUUCUGCAUUUAUCGACUUUCGAGAAAACUUUGAAACUUCGUCCAUCUAUUCUCAAAUAAAAUUUGAAAAUUUUUGAAAGGUCAGACACACAAUCAGAAGUGCCUAUAAAAGCUAUGUAAAUGUAAAAUUAGUAUUUUGUUAUGGUAUUUCAAAAAUAUGUUUCCUGAAAAAUUUACUUUUUCGCAUUUAUCUGGUUUGGAAUAAAAUGCUCCUCAGUUGAGAGGUACAUGUGUAAAUAGUUAACAACUUGGUACUUACUACCAAUAUCAAGCCAUCAGGUUGUACCUGCAAUGUGUAAUUGCAAAAACUAAGAUAUUAAACAGCAUUUAAUGUCAACUUACAGAAAUAUUUUCCAUUUAGUUGCAAGGUUUGAGGCCUUCCAGAUGUAAGGUAUUUUGUAGAGGCUCUUGAAUUUGAAGUUACUGUACUGCAAUAGUAUCCAAAGUAAUGACUGAGAGAUUCAGUUGUUUAAAAUUACUUGGAAAUUAAUAUCUGAAUAGUAGCUAUGAAGGUAUCAUUAAUUCGUAUGCUGUGCUAUAACAUAUCUUUUAAUGUUUUUAUUUUACAUUACUGGGCCACUUUCAUUUUGGAGGGGAAACUAGUACUGCUACUGCUACUGCUAGCACUACAGCUUUCAUAAUUUCCUCCUUGUCACACGUAGCAGUAUAUUUAAGAAUUUGAUAUGUAGUAGACAAAUAACCUUAGUUCAUAUGAGUAGAGUACAUGCAAAUUUGUUUAGCAGUUAAAAUAUUAUUACUUGUCUACGCUUCACCAAGGCAGUUAACAGCACAUUCCAUUAACAUUUAAAGACUGAAGAGUCACAAGCUCUGAUUAUUAUUAAUGAAAGCGUAAUGAUAAUUUUAUGACAUUUAAAAUGGAGUCAACAUUAUACAAAAUCUAAUGUUCAUGUUCAUUUAAUUAUACGAGUGUUAAAGAUGUUUCAAGUCUAUGUGUUACAUGUUCUGUAAAUUUUAUGUAUUGUAUUUUAUGUAUUGUUACUUAAAGUAGUGGUUGGGCUUUUUAUACUCAAUUUUGAAAUUGGCUGUGGUACACGUAUAUGUUGUUGUUAAAACAUUCUUUUAUACUGAGCAAGAAUUAAAACAUCUGUCAUGGUUUUCUUACAAUAUUCAUAACUGUUAGUCACUCAAUAGAUUGUAUUUAGUCCUGUUGUAUUAAAAAUUUUGUAGCA